CAUAAACAAUAUGGAGGACACCGUUGCUACCAAAAUUGACAUUUACAGAAUGUAGUGAUUUGAGUAAUUUUAGAAGUAUUGGUGUACUUUUGCUGUACGCAAAACGUAGUCUGUUAUAUAUUUUGACAUAUUGGAACAGUAUUUACUUUAUGAUUUAUUGACAAACAAUGUUUUCACAAAAGAACUCGCAAAGAAAAGAUCUGGCUAAGAACCAAGUCAAUGGCUUUGAUCAAAAUCAGUUUUAUCUUGACGCAGAUCCUGAUUUGAAUAAAGAUGUAGAGAUAGUGAUUCCAAGGGCUAGUGCUCGAUCACGAACUACAAUGUCAGCAAAGUCACAAAAAACGACUCAUAGCAAGGCUUCAGAAAAUGACAAUAUUGUGCGUUCCCGGGGAAGACCUAUUAAACCCCAUGAGACGGAGCCAUUUUUAUCCAUCGACAACCUGCCCCCAGAAAAAACUUUUGUGUCAGACAAGACAGCUGCAACCCCCAGCCUCGUUCAAUCUAGAGCCUCCAUGCAGAAAACCCCAUUUCAAUCCAUUCAUCAACCGUCCUUUCAUCGUGCAGAGAGAUCAAAUGUUCCACGUCAAACUUCCCCCUCAGCGAGGAGCAUUACAUCAAAGACAGGUCGGGUAACUCCUGCAAAUACUCCCUAUCAGUCGCCUAACAAGCAGGUACGGCAGGCCAAUCAUCACGUGCGGUCACCGUUCAAACACGCUGUCGACAAACCAGACCUUAGUCCAGACGGCCGUGAGACCCCGUCCAUGGGUAUGAAGGAACGAACGGCGCUUGCCGCGUUCCACGUACACAAGAUGCUUGCUGUGGCGGGGGAGAGGGACACACACAAGGUCAAUGGAAAACUUCUCAAGGGAAAACUUAAACCUCUCUACCCUGUGAAAGUGGAUGGGCCAGGCAUUACCAACUGUAGAGGAAUUGUUUCUGAGGCGCACUCGUACCAGGCGUCACCCAGUCGUACACUGCAGCGCCGCAUCCAGCUGAUGACGUCGAUACCAAACGUACAUGAGUACCUGUAUGACAGACCACGCACCGUUGAAUCUGUUCACCAGACCUCCGUGGCCACCAGCAUUGACGACAACUAUGACGAGAAUAUUGAUUCUGACAGGAACCUGCCAGAUGAGGUGCUGUACCGGGCCCCUACCCUGAUGGAGCCCCCUGCCCCAGAGAACACCUUCAUACCCGCCCCCUCUCAUGAGCCAACAUAUAUACAAGAGAACAUAUCAGCUCAAGGUAAAACAAUUCUGGAAGAGACUCCUAGAAUGUUCGCUACGGAGACAGGAAAGAACAAAUCAGAUCUUUUGAUUUCGAGCAACAUACACCAUGAAAUGCACAUCAGUGAAUCUGAUGAAAACAUUGACCAUUUGCCAAUAAAUUCUGUAGCAGAUGCCAACAAAAACAAUAUGAAUGCUGGGCACAGUGUUGGUGACGAUGCUGAAGAGAUGUUUCAAGACAAUGACAGGCUUGGAAGCCAAUCAAAAUCUGUUCAUUUUGUGGAGAAGAGAGCAAAAGCAAGGUCUAAAGAAGUAAACGAGGAAAGCAAGGAGAUGAAAGAGCUUACCAAUGCAAGUAUAGCAAAGCAAGAAAAAGAAGGGACAGUUAGUGAUGUGAAUGAUGAUGAUGUAGUUGCCCGGAAAAACAAAAAAAAUGUAAAGGAAUCUUGUAAGGAGGAUGGCAUGGAUACAUUAAAAAAGAAGAGAGAUGAGAGCGAUGAUGAUGAUAAUGAUGAUAAUCAACACAAAGAUGAUAAAUAUGGAGGAAGAGCUAAUAAACAAGAAUCAUCUAAGGCUAGUGCAUCUGUUAGCACGAAAGGAACAAACCAUGACAGUAACAAGGAAGAAAAGAAAGGUGGUAACAAAGAUGCGGACAAUGUUCCAAGGGAUAUUAACAGCCAGUACCAGAAAACACCACACGCUUCUAUAAACCACAGUAAAAAAUAUGCACCAGAUGGUAACAUCAAACCAGAUAAAAAGAAAUCAUCAAGACCAAAUUCAGCCAACAGAGCUAAAUUAUCUGCCCGUUCUAAACAAAGAUCAUCAGAACAAAGUAGCAGACCAAGCUCAAGUAGGUGUCUUAGCCGGGAAAGAGACAGUCGGUGCUCCAGAUAUGAAAAGUCAAAGGCCAGUAAGAUGCAUACAAACAAACUGGAAGUGACUUAUGUUAUCCAUGGUGACAAGGUCGUGACCUCUCUGGGCUCUGAAAGCCCUCAUAGGGGUCGCAGUAGGUCUGCAAGCCCCUGUCGAAGCAGAAGGUCAAGUUUUAGAGUUGACAGUGAUGUUGAAGAUGCAGGUAGGCACUGCGUUGGCCCUGAAGAUCAAAAUGAUAAUUGUAAUGUUACAAGUUAUAGGUCAAAGGUCAAGUUCAUGCUGGAGGGGGAAGAACCAGAAAUGGAGACAAUAUUUAUAGAGGAUGAUGACGAGAUCGGAGUAAAGCCUGACAAACUUAUUGAUUUUGAUGUUUUGGAUUCAGAAAUUGCUCUGUUAAGGUCUAACAUUCAAAAUUCUUUGCUCAAGACUGAGAUAUUGGAAGAUGCUGAUGUCAAAUCUGAAUCUGAUCAAGAGCUUCAGACAGAAGAAGAGAAAGAAAGUGAUCUGGAAGGCUCAGUGGUCAUGGAUACUGAAGCUAUUGAAUCUAUAAGAGGGGAUUACUCAAACAUUCUUGAAAAAUACAGGCAAAAAUGCAUGGAUCAUAGUGAGGCAUACGGUGCUAUUAGUGAACGCCUGGUAACUCCUCGAAAUACGCAGAAUUUUAUUUCUUCUGGGCAACGGUCUCAUUGUGCACGAUCAAACAGUUCACAUAUAGGGAGCUCAGUGAGGCGUAGGAAAAAUAGCUACUCUGGAGAAAAUUCAGUUGGAGGGGUCAGUGACAGUGGCAGAGGUUCGGUGGAAAAUUUAUCGGAAAUAUCUCAAACAGCCAGCUCAACCUUCACUGAUACAUGCAUUCCUAAACUUGACCUUUGCGAUGCAACUAGUGACCUUGACCUUAACACUGAUCGCACAGAUGUCACAGUAACCAAUGAAAUGAUGGAGAUUGAAGAGGAUCUACUCAAGAAGAAUAUUUUAGAAAUUGUCUGCGACCAGCUGUCACCUUUGUCAAAGAAACAGUUUGCAAAAGAUCGGAAAGAAUCUUUGAAAAAGAUUUUACAUAGUAAAACAAUUCAGAGGGAGGAGGAUGUUUCCAAACUGAAAGUGGUUGCCACUUCAAAAUCACUGUCAAAAACAAAACAUGGGCAGAACUCCCACAUUGGUGACCCCAGACCCACGUUCCCUCCCCUGUGUUUCACCAUCAAUGCCCGACCUCCCGCGGGAUAUCUCUACUACUUUGCCUAUGGGCCUGACAUGAACCCUCACAGGCUGGGAAGCUACAUUCAACGAGAGAUAGACCACAGGUACUGGGGACUGCUGUUCGGCUUCAACCUGGUAUUCAACAAGAAAGGUACAAGUGAAGAGGCCGGUGGAUUCGCCAAUCUGGAGUUCAACCCACUGAGGUCUGUGGAGGGGUGUAUCUACCGCAUCACACCCGCCGAACUGCUGAGGUUGGACAAAUGUGUGGGAUAUCCACAGCACUACGCCCAUGUGGUGUUGCCUGUCUGGUUGUCCAACUCGGCCAAUGUGGAUGCGGUAGGGGUCUCCCAGUACUGUGUGCCCGCCCUCACCUUCAUAGCACAGCAGCACUGGACUGAGACCGAACGACAGUUGCCGUGUGACUACGCAUUAUCCCAGUGUAUAAAGAGUGCUGACCUUGUGACCCCUAGUUACCGCGACUCCCUUGUUGCCAUGGCAGCACAGCAGCCUGUACAGGUGGCCGGUUGAUAAGGCAAUGACACAUUGAUGACCAACAACUGUUUUGCAGAAUAUUUUCAUUGAAAGUCAGAAGGUCCUAUCAGUGUAUGUGCUUAGAAGGCUGAUAAGGCAUUCUGGCUCUCAGCAGAUGAUUGUUGCAUGAAAGCCAGAAGGUCAUUUCAGUGUAUGUAACAAGAAGACUGAUAAGGCAUUCUGGCCUGCAAAGAGGGAGAUAUUGAAUGAAUUUGUUAAUACCUAAACAUCCAAACGCUAAACAAUUGCUUAUAAGCUAAGGAAUAGCUCUAAAACUUAAUUAAUUUUAAUGCUAACAAGGUCUUACACCAAACAAUCCUGUUUUUAUUGGACAUAUUAUCGUUUUUUUAACAGUAAUGUAACUCCUUUUAUAGAUUUGUAUACACCCAAUAUCAUGGACAAUUUUGCAGUGGAAUUAAUGUGCUGUAUUAUUAUCUAGAGUAAACUGGUGUGAUGUUAACCCAUUUAUGCCUAGUGUCUAGGCCAGCGUCUAGAAAAAGGCCUUUGCAAACAUCGUAGACCCAGAUGAGACACCGCAUGAUGCGGCAUCUCAUUUGGGUCUGCGCUGUUUGCUGAAAGGAAUUUCUGUAGGAAAUAUUCUAAAUAUAGAAAUAAAUAUACUAGACAUCCCUAAUUUUGGAAAUAAAUUGAUCCAAUUAAGAAGGAUGGGAGAGUCCACUAGGCAUAAAUGGGUUAAAAUAGAGGUUUAGUGUUAAGCACAGUGUGAUAAAAGAAUGUUACUGUGAUGUUGUAAGUGAAUACCUUUGCAAAAUUGUGAUUAAAAGUUUUAACCAGAAUUCAAUCUUGUUGAGGGAUGUACGUGUAUACAGUUGCAUGUGUUUGUAAUCACUUUUAACCCUUUCCCACUUAGAUAUGUAUUUUCGUGCAUUUUUAGUUCCUGAGAAACGUACAUUUAAUUUAAGAACGUUCUUACUAGAUUCAAGUUUUUAAAGCUUCAUCUCCAAACCUUGAGACACUGAUGAGCAGCAAACAGCAUCAGGCCUGAACAGACUGCGAGUUACUAGCAGGCUGUUCUGGUUUUAUGCUGUUUGCACAUAGCCAUUUUAACUUUGCUUCUAAGUGGGAAAGGGUUAAGAUUGUUUUUUAGUUAUGGUUGACGAAGAGUUAAUGUUCCACAACAUUCUUGUAUACAGUAUAAUUACAGUUUUGAAAGUGAAUGAAAUAAGGAAAAUAUAUAUUAGGUUGUUUGUUGUUUUGUGGGCUUGUUGUAAUGUAUAUUGUAUUGUGGUAAGGAAUUGACUGUUUUAUUUUGCAAGCUAAGGAAAUCUGUACACUUUAAAAGUGAUUUAGCGAGAAUAAAAUAAUGGCAGGGGGGAGGGGCAUAAAAAGGAGCACUGUAAAUCAUUUUAUUGUAAUCUCUGCUUUGAACUUUGUACAUUGUAAUUGACUUUAUUGUGCUGUUUCGACUUCAGUUUUAUAUGAAAGCAUUCAUUCAACAUAUAAUUGAGAAAAUGUUCCAGUUAAAAAUAAUUUGAUGCUUAUACUGUAUGUUUCUCAUUAAUAUGGUCAAAAAGCAAAUAAAAACAUGCUAGAUUUUUCUUUACAAGGACAAUAACAAUCAAAAGAGUAUCAAAAAGGCUGGAGCAAUAUUUUUAAAGGGUGGGGCAUACAUUUGGAAGGUGGGGGGACUUAUAUAUUAUAAAAUGGUUGGGCAUACAAUUGGAAGAGCCCAACCCUUCCAUACAGCUAUAGCUGAAUCCCUACUUCAUAUGCUGGUACUCAUAAUUGUUCUGUAAAGUUUUGUAACAUUGGACUGGUUCUGUGUUUGUUAUUAUAUUAAAUAAUUUGUGACAAUAUUAUGGCUAACAAAAUAAACCUGUUUAAUAUACUAACUUAAUUGGAGCAAUAUUCGAGAUGAUUUCUAAAUACUCUUGCAUUAUAACCUUGCUGCACUUUUGUUAAAUGAAGAGGUGCAACAUUAACAUUUGCUCAUUUUAAACCAGGCACUUAGGUACUGAGUCUUUUUAGUGAGGCUUAGAAACGCAGAUUCUCAAGCCUUAACCCUUUGCCCCUUAUAAACACACAUUGAUGCGUUUGUAGUCCCUUAGAAAAUCUAAUUACAUUUAAAAUCUUCUUUACUAGCAUCAAGUUUUAAAGGCUUCAUUUCCAACCCUUAGAUACUGAUGAGCAGCAAACAGCAUAAAACCUGAACAGACUGCAAGUUACUCCCAGGCUAUUCAGGUUUUAUGCUGGUUGCAAAUGCCAUUUUUACUUUGCUUCUCAGAGGGAGAGGGUUAAAUGGUAGGCGCCUGUUAAAAAAGUUACAUGUGGAUAGCUAUAUGUAGAAACCAAACAAAAAGAUCUUUAAUUGAUAUGUGCCUAUUGUUCUCCUUCUUCAAUCAUUAAUUGUUGUAUUUGGUGAUCAAGACAAUAAGAUGACAUUGUUAUGCCAUGUUAAACACGUUAAAAAGGCUUCCCCACAGUUUGUGAAUGAAGCUAUGUUUCUACCAUAGGAUUUUCAUUUGUUAAUGUUCGGAUAUUGAUGGAAGAAAAAUAAUUUUACUUUUUUCUAUGAACAUCUAUGACGUUUUGAUGCGAAUAAAUUGAGUAUUAUUUCUUAAUAAAUUCAACAGUGAUUACCAUGUCAUUGUGAAAUGUUCAUUUUUAGCUCACCUGAGCAGAACGUGCUCAUGGUGAGCUUUUGUGAUCGCUUUUUGUCUGUCGUCCGUUGUCCAUUGUGCGGCGUCAACAUUCGCCUUGUUAACUCUCUAGAGGCAACAUUUAUUGUCCAAUCUUCAUGAAAUUUGGUCAGAAGAUUGGUUUCAAUGAUAUCUUGGAUGAGUUUGAAAAUGGUUACGUUUGCUUGAAAAACAUGGCUGCCAAGGGGCGGGGCAUUUUUCCUUAUAUGGCUAUAUAUGGCUAUAGUAAAAUCUUGUUAACACUCUAGAGGCCACAUUUAUUGUCUAAUCUUCAUAAAACUUGGUCAGAAGAUUCAUCCCAAUAAUAUCUUGGACGAGUUUGAAAAUGAUGCCGGUCGGUUGAAAAACAUGGCCGCCAGGGGGAGGGGCAUUUUUCCUUAUUUGGCUAUAGUAAAACCUUGUUAACACUCUAGAGGCCACAUUUAUUUUCCGAUCUUCAUGAAACUUGCUCAGAUUUGUCCCACUGAUAUCAUGGAUGAGUUCAAAAAUGGUAACCUUUGCGCUUGAAAAACAUGGCCACCAGGGGUGGGGCAUUUUUCCUUAUAUGGCUAUUUAUGGCUAUAGUAAAAUCUUGUUAACAAUCUAGAGGCCACAUUUAUUGUUCAAUCUUCAUGAAACUUAGUCAGAAGAUUCAUCCCAAUAAUAUCUUGGACGAGUUCGAAAAAGAUGCCGGUUGGUUGAAAAACAUUCCUUAUAUGGCUAUAGUAAAACCUUGUUAACACUCUAGAGGCCACAUUUAUUGUCCAAUCUUGAUGAAAUAUUCAUCCCAAUAAUAUCUUGGACAAGUUAAAAAAUGAUGCCGGUUGGUUGAAAAACAUGGCCACCACGGGGGCGGGGCUAUUUUCCUUAUAUGGCUAUAGUAAAACCUUGUUAACACUCUAGAGGUCACAUUUAUUUUCCGAUCAUCAUGAAACUUGGUCAGAAGAUUUUUCCAAAUGAUAUCUUGGAUGCGUUAGAAAAUGGUUUUGGUUGCUUUAAAAACAUGGCCACCAGGGGCGGGGCAUUUUUCCUUAUAUGGCUAUAUAUGACAAUAGUAAAACCUUGUUACCUCUAGAGGCCACAUUUAUUGUCCAAUCUUCAUGAAAUUUGGUCAGAAGAUUGGUCGCAAUGAUAUCUUGGAUGAGUUCGAAAAUAAUUAUGUUUGCUUGAAAAAAAUGGCUUCCAAGGGGUGGGACAUUUUUCCUAAUAUGGCUAUAGUAAAAUCUUGUUAACACUCUAGAGGCCACAUUUACUGUCCGAUCUUCAUGAAACUUGGUCAGAAGAUUCAUCCCGAUAAUAUCUUGGACGAUUUCAAAAAUGAUGCCGGUUGGUUGAAAAACAUGGCUGCCAGGGGGCAGGGCAUUUUUCCUUAUUGGCUAUAGUAAAACCUAAUUGUUUACACUCUAGAGGCCACAUUUAUUUUCCGAUCUUCGUGAAACUUGGUCAGAAGAUUUGUCCCAAUAAUAUCUUGUUAUUUCAGGUGAGCGACUUUGGGCCUUUCAGGCCCUCUUGUUGUAAUUUAUCUUGUGUGUUGCUUGUUAUGUAAGUGUGAAUAAUAAUAGUAUAUAGAUUUGUUUGUAUUUGACAAAAAUAUAUACAUAUAUAUUUACAAAAUUAUUAUGCAUAUAUUGUAGAUAGAUUAUUUACAAAAAUAAAUAAACACAUAUAAAUAUAUUAUAUAUAAAGGAAGUAUUUACAAAUAAUAAAUUAUUUAUAGAGCUCUCUAUUUAUUGAGUGAUCUCAUGCUUUAGCUGCUAUAUUGCUCUUUUAUUUCUCAGGCUAGAAUGUAUUCAAAUGUGCACCAUGUCACCACUAUUUAUAUACUACUAGACAUUAUCAAAUUGCUUAUUAUGUAGCUACCAUCAGGAUGUCAUGUAGCUCCCCGCCAAAAUUGAUCGAAUGUUAAUAAUGAACUAUUUAAACUUUUUUAGUUAUAUAUGUGUAUAUAGGAAUUGGUCUUAAGUGGAUGAUAAACAGUAUUUGCUCAAAUAACUUUUUGUUACAGGGUUUAUAAAAUUGAUUACAAACAUGUUUGUGUGAAUAAUAUUAAAUUUUGACAAAAAGUAAGCAUUUUGUCAUGGAAACAAGACAACAGUUUAAUGUAUUAAUGUUUGAUUUGCAAGCAUAGUCAAAUUUGAUUUUGUAAGUACGGUAUUGCUGUUUGUUUUGACCUUUUCUCUGUUAAUUUAUUUCAUCCAUUGUAGAAUGAUUUUGUGAACAAUGUUUUGCUGUGUAAGCUAAUCUUACAUUCAAAAGAGAUUUAAUGUUAAAAAACAACAACAUGAUCUCUGAAAAAUAUACAGGUAUAUUUUUAACAUUACUUAAAUGUUUAUUUGUGUUGUAAUGCAAAGUGCUGUAUUAAGUGGUACUGGAUAGCCCAAAUAUCUGGCAUCAUUUUAAAAAUUGUUAUAAAGCCCCAUCAUCGUGAUAACAAUCCUGCCCAGCAUUCUGUCUGUUACUGGUUAAGAAGCUACUGCUCUGGUCUUGGGAGAAUUUCCAACCACCCAUUAAUGACAUGUUAAUUAGCACCAUCACUGCUUGUGAGAAGUCGUCAUACUUGCUCAGUUGUUUUUCACUCUCACCCAUCCACCCACAUUACCCAUCUGUUAGUUUGACCUUGAUGUCUUCAAGAAAGGCUAUCCAAUACCAUUCAGGGUAUGUUGUGUUUAUGACUCACAAAUUCUUUUUUUCACAAUAUUUUGCUUCUACGCAAUACAGAAAUAAUAUUAUUAUAUAAAAACUUUUUCCAAAACUAUAUUUUGAUCCCAUUUAUUAAAUACUGUACUUAAAAACCGAUGAUAAAUAAUUGUUUUCCACACAAAAUUCAUAAAUACCCUUUUAAGUUAAACCACUUUAAUUAAAUUUGUACGUCAAAGUUUGGUCAACACUGUAAUUGUGGUUAGUUAUAUACUGUACCAGUUUAUACAUGUAAUAACAUUGUUUGGGAUUUUAUUCAUUGGGUCUGAAAUAACAAUAUUAUAUCAUACAUACAUGGCUGCUGCACAAAAUUAUAUCAUUAACCCUUUGCAUGCUGGGAAAUUUGUCGUCUGCUAAAAUGUCGUCUGCUGAAUUUCUAAAAUUAGCAUUUUCUUCGAUUUUUUUUCAAAGAAUACUAUCAGAAUAGCAAACAGUUUAGAUCCUCAUGAGACGCCACGCCACGUUCUGUGGCGUCUCACCUGGAUCCAAACUGUUUGCAAAGACCUUCCAAAUUCGGUUCUAGCACUGAAAGAGUUAAAUACCGUAUACUAGUAUCACACAAACAUGGUUUGUUCUUUGAAAACGGGAUUUAAUUAUGGAAACCUAAUUCAAUGGUUGAUAUUUGUUUGCAUAAAAAUUCUCUUUUUGCAUGCAUGUACACUCAGCCAGAAAUCAUAAAACAAGUUUAUCCAUAUCUAAUAUUGUUGUUUUAUGUUGGUUGUUUUAGAUAUGUUAUUAUUUGUCAUUAAAUUCAGUAUUAACCUCA